AUGGCAAAAGGCUCUCUUAAGCCCACCCACCCGCGAACCUGCUGCCCUGAGCCAGUUCCCAUCAGCCACGACCUGCAAGAGCCCAAGGCUGUUCAGGUCUUGUCUUGCCAAGCAACUGGGCACGACAUCCGAUGGCAGGGCAAUAUGGCGAGGGUGGUCUGCCCUGCGCAUUGUGAGCGAGAACCAGCAGCUGUGGCAGUUGGAACAGGUGUUCAUCCUUUGGGCUCUCCUAUUUGCCUGGGAGCCAUCGUGGAUCGAGUGUUGCCAGUUUAUGGUGGAGAAAUGAUGCUCACGAAGGCAGCACCAAUUCAAGCACAACGGAUUCUUGGACAACCAGCCGGGCUGGAGUCCUACAGUGGUGGUGAAUCCAACGUGGCCGUGUCCGUGUCCGCCACGGGCCUCAAGGGUGAGGCAUGGCACGGCUAUCCAACGGAUACAUUGGAUCUCAGCCCUUCGCUACCGCCAGAACACGUCGUGCAGGACUGCAUGGAGACCUUUGACAAGCUCCCUUUGGAGACCUUUGGAGACUCCGUCAUCAUCAAUUGCCCAGGAAGGUGCGGUGGAGCUGGAAAACUGGCUGGGACAUUGAUAUAUUCGCCGGACAGCUCUAUGUGUUGGGCAGCAGAGCAUGCCAAAGUCAUCGGCCCCCGUGGCGGCAGAGCUAUGGUCACUCGAAGACACGGACAAAACGAGUUCUUCGGUUCCACGGAGGGUUCUGAGCAGAGCCAAGAUGCCCCCGGGGCGAACGCGAGCUACACGGUAGCACUCCCUACCUCUGAUGUGCUGGCCAGAAUGGCGGCGCCAAAGAAAACCUUCUUGUAG